CAGUAAAACCUCUGGUAGAGCCUCCAGUCAAGAAUUUCUUCUGGAGGCGCUGGAACAGGCCCUUUGUUUACACUGGAUGACAGCAGCCAAGACACUUACAAAAUGCACGACAGCAGCCAACCAUACGUCACUGUUUAUGGAAGACUGUCAACCAACUGUCAACUGCGGUGUCAACUGCACUGAGUCAACUGUCAGACUGCCGCCUGUCAACAUAAUUCGAUAAGACAAAUAUGGCGCACGUAUGCCCACUUAUGUGUUCUAUCAUUGUGUCAGUCCGGCUCUGUCAGCGGAAGCAAAGCAAGCAAAGCCUGCGGAUUGGCCUGAUUCGGUUGCAUUCGAUGAAUUACAGCUACCUGCACAAGUAGUGAACACGGUGGCGUAUGAAUCAUGCAUAUUUUGCAUUUUGCACUUUGCAGGGUGAAACAAGUCAAAGUGUUGUUUAUUGCUCCUCGAGCCUAGAGCGGGGAGGUUAUGCACGUUAUAUCAACAUUGCUAUUUUUCCUACUGGAGCUAGUGAAUCCAAAUAUUUGGUACCUACCUAGUGUCAUCUUCUGCGGCCCUGGAUGUACUGAAGCAGAAUAUGUCCUGCUAAGCAACUCAUCUCAAAAGUGAAGCCCAUGAAUGCUGUUGGCAACAGUGGAGUUGUUGGACAUUAAGCUGAGCCACUAAAUGAUAAAAUCAUAGACCUUUUUGUCCAUUUAACUAAGCUGCUGAUUACUGAGACUUGGGAGCCCUGCAGUCUGCAGACCUGCUGUUUAUCAACCUGAGACACUGAAUGCUGAAGGAGCGAACCUGCUGUGAAUGAAGCUGUGCUGCUGAAUGCUGAAGCUGACGCUCUCCUACCGAGAGCCUCUGACGAUGGAGGAGGCUCCUGCCCGGAUCAGGCAGCUGGCAGACAAGGCCAACUAUGAUAUUGACCACUCAAGGCCAGCCAAAAUGUAUUACCGUUCCGGUGUGGAGAUGGUUCGCAUGGCGAACGUGUACGCCGAGGAGGGCAACCUGGAGGGCGCCUACGUAUUAUACCUCAAGUUCAUGACUAUCUUCCUGGAGAAAAUUCGUGAACACCCAGAGUUUCGCACUGUCACGCCUGGCGAGCGAGCGGCCAUCAAGCGUCACCUGGAGUUAACGCUCCCCCGCGCAGAGGCUAUCAAGCGUCAGCUGAUCGCCAAAUAUGAGCAGGAGCAUCGGCAGUGGGUGGCGGAACAGAAGCGGCGAGAGCAGCAGCUGGCAGAGCAGCGAGAGCGGGCGGCGAGAGAGCACGAGCGACUGGAGCAGGAGGAGCAGGAGCGACGCAGAUUCGCUGAGGAAAAGCAGCGCCUGCUGGAACUGGAGAGGCGGCGCGCGGAGCAGCUCGAACGGACUCUGGUCUCCGAACCAACCGCUGACGGACUGCCUGCAUAUGCGGCACUACUCCCGGAGCCCCCGUCUGCCCCUCCGAGUUACAGCGCCCUCCAGCAACCGUCAGCACCGUCAGCUCCUGCAGCUCCUGCAGCUCCGUCAGCACCGCCGCCUAGCUACGGGGAGCUGUCCCCGACGCGACUGUCCAGGCCAUCAUCGGGGGCGCCGGCAAUAGACCGCUCUGUGAAGCCCAGUUUCGACCACCAGAAGUCGCUGCUCUCGCUGAGAUCAGAGCUGAGAACGGUGGUGGUACCCGACUCGCUGAUGCCCAGGUUCUUGAAGAUCGCAGAGGCCAACACGAAUCGUAAUGUGGAAACGUGUGGACUUCUCUGCGGAAAACCGUCUCAGGAUAAUCUGUACAUCACGCACGUGCUGAUACCGGCCCAGACGGGCACCUCCGACUCCUGUAACAUGGAGGGCGAGGAGAAGGUGUUUGCCUAUCUGGACACCCACAACCUCAUCACACUGGGAUGGAUACACACUCACCCGUCUCAGACGGCCUUCCUGUCGUCGGUGGAUCUCCACACCCACUGCGGAUAUCAACUCAUGAUGCUGGAGAGCAUAGCCAUCGUCUGCGCCCCCAAAUAUAACGAGACGGGAUUUUUCAUGCUGACUCCUAGUUAUGGCCUGGACUAUAUCGCCAACUGUCACAAGUCGGGGUUCCAUCCCCAUCCGCAGGACCCGCCACUGUUCGAGGAGGCACAGCACGUAACUCUGGACGGAAGUUACGAAAUCAGUGUGGUGGAUUUGCGGCAGUAGCGACCGCAGCGCCUCCCGCGGCCGGUGGUGGAACUUCUUGGCUUGCGACCGCAGCGCCGCGUGCGGCAAACGUUAGAACUACUGAAGGAGCGACUCGGUCACCACAGCUAGUGCUUCACGAUAUGGCCGGACGGAGGUGCCCGUAGCAAUAUGGUUCGUGCGGUGAACGCUGGUCAGGCUGACUGCGGUGGAUGGGGCGUGUCCCAAUAUUUAUGCUGUGACAUUGGACAAUGAACAUCCUAGAUUUGAGAUGUGAGUAAGCAAUGUCUAAGCUCAGUGGCUGUAAGACAGCGUCAAAGCUAGCUCUGAUCAAUUCAAUAUCACCAAUGGCCGACUAAAGAUGCUUUAUUUUUGGCAUCGGUGACCACGCCUUACCAGCAAAGUAUUUCAGCAGUGGUAGAAUGUAGCUAUUACCAUGGCAGAAUCACACCAUUAGAAGGUUUUGGGUCAUUGUUCAGAUCUGCCCCAGGCUUCAGCUUUCUUUUAUUGGGGAGGAGCUGAAAGUUUCAUCAAGCUCUUGCAUUCUUUCUUACCCAUUCAGUGCUGUACUGAUGCUAGCCUGGGUGCGGCUUGGGGUGGUGAUUGACCCAUGAUCGCUACUCCCAGCAUGUGAACAGUAUGAAAUUGUGAGAUUGAUUGGGCUGAACCGAAGAUCGAUGAUAAAGCGACACUUGGUUAGAGCUUAAUAUGGUGACGUUCAACAGUGACAAGUAUUUGGUGAGAGUAGUGACCUAUUGCUCGAUGAUGAGAGUCAUUUUAAGCUUCUAGAGUCGAUGACUAUUGAAUCACCACACCCUGCAGCGCCGGGGAAGCAGUGAUUUGGAUACAUCACUGAGUUAGAAUGGGGUUAGGAGAAGGGUGGGUUGAGUAUGCCUUCUGUAUAGUAGAGAGGGGUCUUUCUGACUUGUCAUGGUCUGCCACAGACCACACGCCGACUGAUGUGACGUCGUUAUGACGUCAGUGAUAACUAUCAGUAGUGUUUGGGUGGGUGGAUGUGUAAAUAGUGUGUACCAAGGCACUAAAGGUGUGUACUAAAUCAGUUCUAGUGCUUAAAGUGUGGGGUAUGCAUGAUUCAAGUAUGUGAGCCUCUGCUUACUACAGGAGAAAUUGUAACUAUGCGUGUCCUGCGUCCACUGUCCUUUUUACGUGGUCAACUGGACACUUUGGACGGUAAAUAUUCUGGGCUGUCCUGAUUGUAAGGUUGCACGCUAAUAUUGUAUGUAUGCAGUAUAUAAUACUGUAUUCAGUGUGUCAGAAUAUAUUUAGUGUGCUCUGUUUUCAGCUUGUAAGUUGUACGUCUGAGCAACGUGUCACGAUAUAUAAAGCCGUAUCUGUAUGUUUC